CCCACCAAGUUGAAAAGUUCAACCUGCCUCCCAAACUUUCUCUUGCAGCCAGAGGGGAUGCCCAGAGUGCGUGGAGGGAAGUCGGAAAGCCAAAGGGAAAUGACCUGUGACUGAUUGCUCAAUAUUUCCAAUUUGCAGCCUCGAGGAAGCCUCGAAUCCACAUCUCGGGAGCUUGGAGUGCACGUCUGAGAAGGGCUGAGAGAAAGUCACCUUGGAUUCUCUAAUUGUAGUGCAAGAUGAAAGAAAAGGUAAAAAGGCAAAGUCUCCUUCUUCACAGCAGGCAAAAGAUGCCAGUGAUCAAUAUUGAGGACCUGUCAGAAAAGGACAAAUUGAAGAUGGAGGUUAACCAACUCAAGAAAGAAUUGGCACUGGAAAGGGUACUGGUGUCCAAAUGUUGUGAAGCAGUAAGGGAUUAUGUUGAAGAAAGAUCUGGGGAAGAUCCUCUAGUAAAAGGUAUCCCAGAAGACAAAAAUCCCUUCAAAGAGCUCAAAGGAGGCUGUGUAAUUUCAUAAAGAAAAAAAAAGUCUUUAGAAUAUCUGUAAUUGUAAAGAAAAUGUGAUUUUUUUUCUCAUGUAUAAUCAAACAUGCACAUGAAUGUUUAAAUUUAUAAAUGUAAACUUUAAUAAAAACUGGGAUUAACAA